CAAAAUUUGAAAGAUCCACUAUCUCGUGAUUCAUUACAUCCAUAGAUAGUUAUCGAUCAAAGUAAAUAGAUAACUGUUAGUUGUUUACUUGACCUUUAAACUGAUUAUAUCUCUAUUUAUUGUAUGACGAAUUCCGGUCAUUGGUCAUUUAAUAACAUACAAACAUAACAAAGUAUAUAAUAUUUCUAUGAUAUACUUGAGUGUCUUAUAUUAUUUUAUCAAUAAUUGCGAUUGCUGUCUAGGCAUGCAAGCCUUUCAAGAAUUUCUCAGAUCACUUCAAAUAAGAUAAAAUGAAAAGCUAGUUCCCAUUUCUCUAAUUGAAAAUUACUUAAGUAUAGUCGUGUUUGAUAUCAUUUUUCUCGUACGGAUUUCAGCAAUCCGAUUAAAACGAUUUUGUACCUGCAGUACGAAAAGUAUGGACCUAAUAUCUUUUAUUUCGAUAUAUUAGCAUAAAGUCAUCGUCAAUGAGAUAUUUAAAUGACAUAUUCGGAGCAGCACCAGAAAUUGAUUGCAAUGUUCGAUGAUUGCUAAUUGGGCAUAUUUUGUGACCACCAACAAUAAUCGGUUAGUUGCACAAUAUAAAUAUAUCUUUCUGAUAAGAAAAGAAUCAAAGGGCAAAGAUGCUCGAAGCUUUUGUUAGCUGAACGAAGCAAGAUUGGUUCGUCAGUGAUGUCCGCGACGACUGUCACGGUGAACGCUGGAGAAGCGUCGUCGGAGCGACGCAGCGUCUGCCGCACAGGAGGCGUCGCGACGCACGCGCGUUUAUCAAUAUAAAUUGAGCGCCCCUUAGAACCGUGGAAGGUGCACGGUGGCUUAAAUUCGGUGCUCAGUCGCGCUCGAGGUGGCUCACCUCGACGAUCGCGUAACAUUCGUGUUUUUUAUUACGAUGCAUUUGCGCUCAAGACGCGAUGGUUUUUUCGGCACGUGGUGCACCUUCGACGAGAAUAAAAUAUACGAUAUUCUGACAGGAUUACGCAACAGUGAGAUCUUCUUUUGAAAGGAGAAACAAUGAUAGGAGUGAACAGACACGCGUUGCGGUAUCGGAAACGGUAACGCCGGUCGACCAGCUACACCGGGGAAAGUCUGCCUUUAAAAUGCUAGAAUUUUUCGAAUGAUACGCGAGAAAAGAAUCCGUACGAUUCCUCUCCAGAUUCUGUACCGUUCGAUGAAACACGGAGGAUGUAAUUUAAGAAAACGCGUUACAGAAAGACCGAACAGUCUUAUGACUUCAAGUCGUUCGAUUGCGAUAAAACUACUUGCUGUGUGUUCGAGAGUAAAAUGCCGUGGCACGUGUUAACUGUUUUAGUUUCGUUAGCGAGUUUCAUGACAGAAAAGUGUUCCGAUGAACGUCGCGAACGAUACAAAUAAUAGGAUGAACACUGAGAAUAAGAGUGAUACGAUUUCCACUGAAUUAAAUUGUAAUCUGUUAAUCGUUACAUCGAAGAAACGCAUUAGCUGACGAGCAUUAAGGGCUCUGUGCUCCCACCUGAUCCACACAUGGAUGUCCUGGCAGUCAACGCGCUAAACAAAGUUCAAGAACAGAGGGUUAACCAAGAAAGAGAUCAUAGAUACUUGGCCUCCUAUAAAACGCACGAAUGUAACAUAGAACUAUCGCAGUCGUCGCAGAUAUGCAUACACCAGUAGUCACCGCGUUGCAUACAUGAUUUAUCGUAUUAAUUACGGAAUUCGUCUUCCUCUCGCGUCGAGUUCGACGCGUUAUCACACAAUGUCCUCGAAGAAACCAGUGAGAUAAUCGUGUCUGUGUCGCCAGAUAAUUUGUGAGUCAAUGCACGCUGACGGACGACAAAGUUGACGAAGAAACCGAGAAAGACGGUUACGUAGACAAUUAUAUUUCGUUAACGUCAGUGGAACGCGAUGCUCGUGAUCUCGAGGACGGUGCACCGCGUUUAGAUCACGUUCGUUCAAGUAAAAUACCGCGAGGGCGGUUCGCAAUCGAGUCUGCCCGCGAAGAGGAUGGAGAAGACCCGGGGUUGGCUGGAUGAAAGUGACGGAAAUGCAGGUCGCGGAACGCGACGACGACCUCGAUCAGAUAAACGACGAUCGUGUCGAGUACCGAAGAGGUUUCGGAGCAAGGGCCAAGUUCGCGUCAGCCGGUGAUUCGAGGACGAAAAGCCGGUGCCUCGAGUUCUCAUCGACCUCGUGAGCGAGCACUUUAGCCGAUUGAAUGGAAGAAUUGACACGGAGGAGAAGAGAUGCCUGGUAUCGUGGUAUUCCGACGACGGUGGAGCGUCGGCAGCGACGACCUUGUUGUACCCGGCGCUUUCCUGUUCAUCCUGCAUCUGAUAUGGGUGACAGUACUGGGCGUCCUACUGGGGAUUCUCGAAUGGGAUCGCAGCGUUACGUGCAUCCUCCUUCUGUGGGAAUACAUUGUGGGAUACUUGGCCAUUUUCGUGAUCUCCAUGGUAGUAGAAUUUUCCAUCUGCUUAUUGGCUACACGGGGAAGCAUUCUGGAUACUGCGGCAAGGGCACCUAUGCAGUACAUCCUCUACGUUCGUCUUUUUCUAAUGCUGAUAGAGACUGGAUGGUUAUGCGCGGGUGUAACAUGGUUAACACAUUACUACCAAACAUGUCCUGUUGACAGAAUGAACGAUGUAACUUUAGGUUUAGUGGUAUCGAAUUGGUGUGUGCUGGCGUCCGUGAUAGUAACAGUGUGGUGCACAUACGAUGCCGCAGGUAGAUCGUGGGUAAAAAUGAAGAAGUAUCAACGCAGUAUGAGAGAAGCGGAAUCAAGAUGUGGUAAAUUGCAUUACAACCGAAGCGGCAGCAGAAACAGAAAUUGGCGACAAAGAAAAGUAAUACGUGCAUAUCAAGAUAGUUGGGACAACAGAUGCAGACUUUUAUUCUGUUGCAUGGGAAAUUCUGACCGAAGUCGAAAUUCUUUCGCGGACAUUGCCAGGCUGUUGAGCGAUUUCUUCCGCGACCUUGACGUGGUUCCAUCAGACGUGGUCGCCGGUCUGGUGUUGUUGAGGAAGUUCCAGAAAAUCGAGAGGGAACUGAUAGUGAAGCAAAGGAAGAACGAUACUUAUGAGUUUCUGUCAGGCGUGCCAGUAACUCCUCGCACGAAAUUCUUGUCCUUGACCGAGGACGGUGAUCUGGGUCACUUUCAGUCGGCCAUUCAUUAUAUGCAUUUCGCCCUCGCUGCUUAUGGUUGGCCCAUGUUCCUCGUUAAUCAUUCCACCGGCCUUUGUCAGUUGUGUGCAAGAUUACGAUGCGGUUGUUUCCCUUGCGGCGGUCACCAAGAUGAGGCGACCAUUGUGGAGGACAAUUGUUGCAAGUGCAAUUACGCGGCGUUGAGGAAGAUGGUCGAGGUCGCGGAGGUGGAAGUCAUUUAUGCGACUUUUCACGUCGACGUCGGUGAGACGCCGUUCUUCGUCGCGCUCGAUUACACGAAGAAAAAGGUUGUCGUUAGUAUACGAGGAACCCUCAGCAUGAAGGACGUAUUAACGGACUUGAACGCAGAGGGUGAAGUGUUACCAUUGUCACCGCCCAGAGAUGAUUGGCUUGGUCACAAAGGGAUGGUUCAAGCAGCUGAGUAUAUACGAAAAAAGCUGCUAGAAGAAGGGAUUAUAUCUCGCGCUCUUGCCAAGGACCCAUCGAGAGGGACACAUCAGUUCGGUUUGGCACUCGUUGGUCAUUCCUUGGGAGCUGGCACAGCGGCCAUCCUAGCAAUUUUGCUUAAACAAGACUAUCCCGACUUGGUGUGCUUUUCAUUCGCCCCACCGGGUGGUCUGUUGAGUAUGCCGGCUCAGCAAUACUCGCAAGAAUUUAUUACAUCCGUCGUAGUUGGAAAAGAUGUUGUACCUAGGAUAGGUCUUAGACAGAUGGAAAGUUUAAGAGCCGACCUCAUCAAUGCUAUAAAAAGGAGCGUCGAUCCGAAAUGGAAAACGAUAGCAUGCUCGGUGAUGUGUUGCGGUUGCGGUUCUACCCCCACAUCGGCUGCAAAUUUAGAGGCCGGUGGUUGUAUCAGCGAAUAUCAGAGAGACAAGGACUUAGCACGAUCACAGACUGUUGUUCCGAGUGACUCUAGUAUCGCGUUGACUUUGCACAGGCCUCUAUAUCCACCUGGUCGGAUCAUACACGUUGUUCGCCAUCAUCCUAACAAGGGAGAGCAAAAGUAUGAACGACGCUGGAGACAAAUGUUGCACAAACAAGAGCCGGUGUAUCAAGCACUAUGGGCAGGACCGUGCGACUUCGACGAGGUGUUGAUAAGCCCGGUGAUGAUACAGGACCAUAUGCCGGACAAUAUGCUGAAAGCGUUAAACAAGGUUGUAACGACCCUGGGGCCUGCGAAGCCACAGAGGCUGGCUUCCGGUCAUGCAUCGUCGACGGAGGCGUCGGAGGCUCGCGAGGUCGUCGAGAUCCAGGAGAUGGAGAUCGAACAGGAAAUGAGAGCGUUGCUGUCGUCCUCCAGCCCCGUUAAAUCUCAUCCCAACAACCUGGCCGGAACACCGCCGCACAGACUCUGCCUGGAAACGAGCUUCACGUCCUUGCAGAGUCCCUCGGAGUUCCCUCAGGUUGGCCGCGAGCUGAGCGUCGAUUCCCGAGGAAUACCGUGGGAGUACGUCAGCCUGGCCAGCGAGUUGCUCAACACGCCCAGGGCCGACGAAAGCAAAUCAUCUAAUCGUCGGAGCGACUGGGACGAUGCGUCGCGAAUGGCACCGCUUGCCACACCGGAAACUCUGUCGGAGGCGUCGAGCAGUCCACCAUCGCCGGUUCCACCACCGAGGCCGAUGAGACGUACUCCAAAAAUCUCGGGAAACUUGUCAACGGCGGCGGACGACUUGAAGAACAAUCUUCACUUCGCUAUGCUCUCGGCGAAGAACUACUUCCUGAGGGAGGGGACGAACGGCAGUAACACAAGCAGCGGUAACAGCGAGGCAAGUUACGAGAGUGCCAAAAGCUUAACCGCUGGUCUUCCGCCGCCAGUACCGAGAAGACGAGAUUCAGUCAUUAUCAGAAGAGAGCAAAGAGUGUGCACAGCCGCCUGCUGCAGAGACGAUUUGUCGGAAAACUCCUCGUCGCACGCUUCGUCUCAUUCCUCCAGGGCGUCUCAUGCAUCGAAUCAAGUGCAAUCAGGUUUCGUGGAGGAGGAAAACGAAACGAAUGGAUCCAGUUUGGAUUUUUACGAAGCGAAGGGUUCUUCCGGACAACGGGAUAGCAGUAACGAUGUAUUUCUUAGCGUGAGAAGCUCCCCGGAAUGCAAAGGCCUGAUGGCACCAGCGACCGAUUUAGGAGCAGAAUGGAAAAAGAAGUUUGAUGCCACAGGGAUGAGCGGUGAUGCCUCGUUACCUCUUUUGCGUGGAUUAUCGCCAACGCCAACGCACGGGCAACACAGUUCUCCUUUCUUUAACGCGAAACGUAAGAAAUACGUGUAUCCGAUUACGCUGGUUGGUCGAGGUGAAAGCAGCGUUUAAUGAUGACGAGUUAGGCCGACCGGGGACCAUGAAAAAGAGACAGGAUAGAUUUAAAGUAUUCUGUAGAUGUCUGUGCCAAUGUCACACCGUUGUGUGAUCGUUCAGAAACAAUUUCCUAAGACCGCGAGUGGAUGAACAUUCGAAAUAUUCUAAAAUUAAGGGGCCAUGUACCGUGUAGCCUCUUUGUUGUAAAUAAUCAAAUUGAACGAUAUUCAAUUUUUAUUCACAGAACGUCACUUCUUAUAUUUGUAUAGUCGUUUCUUCGAUGGAACGAAGUAUUUUCCGAUUCAGAAUAUUUUCUGUCGAUUACGAAAUAAAUAAAAUGACAAAUACAGACAAUUGAGUAUAUGUACUGAAGAUAAUGAUACAGAAGAAAUUAACACUCUGAGUGCUGAAAUAAUAUCCUCUCAGUUAAUAAAUCUAGGAAAUUUGUAUGAUAUUCGAUUCUCUCUUAUUGGACUUUCAUGUAUUUAAUAAAAUUGUUGAAAAAAUUUAAGCUAUUUAUAAUUUGAAGUGAUAAGGUAUAACCUAAUAGGUGAUUAAUAAAUAGGUCUAUGUAAAAAGUUCAUGCAUUGUCCAGAUGUGGGCGAUAUGGCACUCAAAGUGUUAAUAAAAAAUAAACAAUGGACUAUACAGAUAGCAGUUUACAUGAAUCAAGAUGCCUUGCUACUUAAAGAAUAUUAGUUUUUAAAUUAAAUCUGUUGAUUUAAAUUGUUAAUUGUUGUAAUGUGAUGAAAACGUGGGAACGUUGUAUGGAUCUUGCACUGGCCUACUCUACAUGAAUAUCAUUUAAUACAACAAUUUUUACGCGCUUUUGUACAGCUUUUUAACAGAACGAACAAAGAUAUAACUAAAAGUGGUCUUAUUUUAUUUUAUCUGUACAUAACUUUUAUAGUCAUAUUUAUA